AGUUAGUCCUCUUAAGUAGCAACCAGUCUUUCUCUCUCAACAACUGUUACACACACACUAAUGAAAUGGUGAUGUGAGGAUCAUCAUCAUCAUCAUCGUACCUACCAAAACAUCAUCAAUAAUGGGUUCUUGCGUUUCCAUUAGUUCCGGAUCAACGCUUAAACACCGUCGAAUCGGAUCAUCCAUACAACAACAACAAGAAGAAGAAGACCAUAAUAAUAAUAAUAAUAAUGUCUUCCUGGGGAUUACCAACCCAUCGCCACCCGCAGUAACUGAAAACCUCAAGCCUCUUCAACCGUCGCCGUCGCCAAAUUCUAUCCAUUCUCAAAACAUGGAUUAUAAGGAUGAGAUAUUCUUUGAUUCUCAAGAAUGUCUAGAUUCCGAAGACUCUGAAGAUUAUCUAAGUUUCAAUGGUGGUGAUGUAGAUUUGGCUGCAUCAUCAGACCAUGAGAAUAAUGGAUUUGCUGAAACUGUUGUUGGGAUUGAUGAGGAGGAUAAAUCCCAAAUUAGCACUCCUUCUACGGCUGAGUACAAGAAUAAGAAGAAACUUGCAGAUUUCUUUGUGGAGAGUUUGAGUGAUGACACUACUGAUGAUAUCAAGAAGGGAGAUCAAUCUCUUAAAAGUGGAAUCAAACAUGCCCUGACUAUUAGCAAGUCUGAGAGACAGAAGCUGGCUCGUUCCCUUUCUUCUUGCAUUCCUAACCUCAAUAGAAACAUGAGUCUUUCUGACAGAAGAAGAAGGGCUGGUGCUGGUGGUGGUAAGUUGCCAAGGCAGAAGCAGCUCACUUUGUAGGAGAAAUGAACAACUCAAGUUUCAUAUUUUUCUUUUACUGUAAACGGCCACUUUCUAGCUUUUAGGGAAGAAAAACAAUGUGAAAAAAGGCCUAAUUAUUUCUUUGUUGUUGAAUUGCAACCUUUUUCUUUUAGCUAUCUAUGACAGCCAUAUAGAAAGUGAAAUGUCUUAAGGCAGCCGGACCCAUUUGAAGACAGGAUACCACUGUUUCAAAUUGGGGCCACUACCUUUUUUUACAAAUACAUUUACUCUUCUGCUG